UCAAUAAUUGCAGAUUUCCACCGCUGUUAAUGGUCGACGUCUCCCAAUAAAAUCCUGUAUUGGAACGGCUGACCCUACCGUGAAGUGUUGAACAGUGAUUAAAAACCCAUCUAAGAAAAUGCUGCCCGGGGAAGUGCCCCUGCCUUUACCCGUUCAAAAUGAGAUCCCUGUGGUGAACACACGCCCGCGGAGGAACCAGGGCAAUAGGCGUACAAACCACCGCAUAAUUGUGCGUCUGCCGCUGCGCACCGGAGGGGGCGGCGGCAGCGGCGGCGGUGGCAGUGGUGGUGGCGGCGGCGGUGGCGGCGAGGCGGCUGCCGCGGCCCAACCAGCGUGGGUGGAGGACGCCCCGCCAGCCGAGUCGCCGCGUGAAACUCAACCGCGCAGCAACGAAAACGACGGCGAGUUCAUUCACCGCCGCACCGGGAAUGAACUGGUGACGAUGCAUGUCUCCGUGCCAUCCAGACUCGUAGCCAGUAUCAGCGGAGGAGUUCUGAACUAGAUGUUCUAGACAACAACAAUGCCGGCAUAUUCUGUCUGUUCUAUCUUCUUCACUCGUUCGUAGUAUUUGAUGUCAAAGUAAAAAAUUUCGAACGUUUAUAUGGCCUCAAUAAGAAUUGUUUGUAAGCAUGGUGUUGUGAGAAUACCGCUCGAAUGUUUGGUUUUGUAUUAAGACUUCUAUGUUUAUUAUAAUAAUUUUUUAUUGAGUAAAUUAUAAUUAUUAAUUAUAUUAUGACCAAUCUGUAAACUCAUAUUGCCAAAGAUUUAUUUAUUUAUAUUAUAAAUGAGGUUGUUGAUUCAAUUAUAAAUUUAUGUAUAUCGAUUUAUUUUUAGUGACAUUUUUAGUCAUGUGACUUUUAUUAAAAUAUAUAACACAUAUACAAUAUGGAUGAGUUUUCCAAGGGCUACAGUUAUCUUAGCAAAAAAACUAGAUUGGUCAAUUUACCUUAUACUUACUCUAUUUACCUGAAACAUCACUGCUAAUAGAUUUAUUUUAUAAAAGUUUAUUUUUAGAUGGAUUUAAAAAAUUGCAGAAAUUAUGAAAUUAUUUAUAAUAUA